AUGACCCAGUACAAGCUAAACAACGACAUAGUUGUUACCCAGGUCCAGAUAGACCACUGGAAUGCAGCACUGUCUCAAAUGCCGUCGCCCCAGGACAUUUUGAAGUGGGCAAUUACAACGUUUCCACACCUCUUUCAAACCACUGCUUUCGGACUCACAGGAUUGGCCACGAUAGACAUGCUUUCGAAAAUCCAAGAAGACCACAUAACCCCUCUCAUUUUCAUCGACACACUGCACCACUUUCCACAGUCAUUAGAACUUCUUCGAAAGGUAGAAGAUCGUUAUUAUACCCCUCACAACCAAAGCAUCCAUAUAUUCAAGCCUGAGGGCCUCCAAAGUGAGGCCGAAUUUGCCGCAAAGCAUGGGGACUUUCUAUGGGAGCGUGAUGAUAACCAAUAUGACUACCUGGUAAAAGCAGAGCCUGCCCAUCGGGCUUACAAUGAGCUUGGGGUGACGGCGGUUUUUACGGGGCGUCGUAAAUCCCAAGGUGGUGGUCGUUCGGAUUUAAAGUUUAUUGAGGUGGACGAGGUCAAUGGGAUCGUCAAGAUCAAUCCUCUGGCGGACUGGGAUUUCAAGCAGGUGAGGGCCUAUAUUGACGAGAACCAAGUACCUUACAAUGAACUACUCGACUUGGGAUAUAAGUCAAUUGGCGAUUACCACUCCACAGUGCCAGUCGCAGACGGCGAAGACGAGAGAGCCGGAAGAUGGAAGGGUAAAACGAAGACUGAGUGUGGAAUUCACGAGACAAGUCGUUUUGCUCAGUUUUUACAGAACAAUAACGAACUAAAAAGCUGA